AUUCAUGUUUUUUACUUGAGUAGCCACCGCGGACGCUGCAGGCCGCAGUCUUAAAAUCGACGUUGCUGGCAGCGGAGAUUCUAGGCGGCAUGUGGUCACUGCAAGUGUUCACAGUUUUCGCGUUCGCUUACGUUGCCUCGGGACAGUUUGAGCUCCCCAACCCGUGGACAUGGCGGUGCGUGCCACAGGAAGGCAAAGAUUCAGUGUGCGUCAAGGAGCUUGUGACAGCGACUACGUCAGGUACUUCCAGCAACGCAGCGUGUAAGAUAACAUGUGGCAAGUACGGCCCAUUGUGGCCUAAGCCAAAGUCUGCUAAAAUCGGAAAUGAGGUUCAGUAUUUUUUACCUUCGGCAGUCUCCGAGAACAUAGUAGCCAGCGAAGCAGAUAAGGCUUUAGUUGUCCAGGCCGUGGAGAUCUUCAAAGAUAACUUGAACGCAUAUCAUCCCGGAUACAAAAAGAGACAAGUCGUUUGGCGAUCUCGGGAUGGAGCCAAGUUUAUUGAACUGCGUGUUUCUAUUGAAAUAGAAGGCCCUUCCCAGUCUCAUUUGACAUUAGACGUAAGCGACGAACAGUACUCAUUGUUCGUCGAAACGCUCCCUUCGUCAUCAAUUACAAAUGCGACCAUCAGAGCGAAAACUUUCUUUGGAGCUCGCCAUGGACUAGAAACUUUGAGUCAAUUGAUUGACUAUGAAGAAGCCGAAAACAGUCUCAUGAUCGUUAACUCUGCGGACAUAGCAGAUCAACCAUCUUUCACCUACCGUGGUCUCCUACUGGACACUUCCAGGAACUACAUAUCGGUGGACAGCAUCAAACGAACCCUUGACGCUAUGGCAGCCAACAAGCUUAACACCUUUCACUGGCAUAUCACAGAUUCACAUUCCUUCCCAAUGGUAUUGAAAUCUCUACCCAAGAUGGCAUAUUAUGGAUCCUAUUCAGAUCGAGAUUUGUAUCAACCUGAAGACAUCCGCAACUUGGUCGUGUAUGGACGAGUGCGAGGGGUGCGAGUGCUGCCUGAGUUCGAUGCUCCAGCCCACGUGGGAAGUGGCUGGGAAUGGGGACCGCAAGAAGGCCUCGGAGAGCUCACCGUGUGUUAUAAACAGGAGCCCUGGCAAGAGUACUGCGUUGAGCCGCCUUGCGGCCAACUGAACAUUGCAAAUGAGAACAUCUACCCAGUUCUGGGCAAAAUCUACAAGGAAAUGGUUGAAUUGUUCGGCCCCAUUGACAUGUUCCAUUUUGGAGGCGAUGAGGUGAACUUAAAUUGCUGGAAUUCCUCUGAAGAAAUUGUCAACUACAUGAGCUCGAAUAGAGUCGAUCGCUCAGCAGACUCAUUCUACGGGCAAUGGAGUAUCUUCCAAAAUCGAGCCUACGACCUUUUGACUGAAGCUAAUAACAACCUGCCCGUGCCAGGCAUUCUCUGGACAUCCCAUCUCACAGAAAAAGGACGCACAACACGUUUUUUGGACAAAAAUAAAUACAUCAUUCAAAUUUGGUCUACUGGAACCGACCCUCUGAUCAAGGAACUGUUAGAGAAUAAAUUUAGGGUUAUAUUCAGUAACUACGACGCUUGGUAUCUGGAUUGUGGCCUCGGUGCGUGGGUUGGUGAUGGACAUAACUGGUGUUCGCCAUACAAAGAAUGGCAAGCCGUCUAUGACAACAGCCCUAAUAAAAUUGCUCUUAAUCUCUCCAGCACUGUUGACCUGAGCCUGAUUCUAGGCGGCGAAGCCGCUCUGUGGUCUGAACAAGUCGACAGCGAGAGCGUCGAUGUCAGGCUGUGGCCGCGCGGUUCCGCUCUCGGUGAGCGCCUGUGGAGCGACCCUGACCACGACUGGAGGGACGCAGAGUACCGCAUGGUCAACCAUCGCCAACGCCUCGUCAAACGCGGCGUCCAGGCCGAUCGUCUCCAGCCUGAGUGGUGCCACCAAAACGAAGGGCUUUGUUACAUCAACAAAGCAUAAUAUCAUAGAUGCAUAAAUAAAUGCACAACGUAGGUAAAAAAGUAAAAAGAUAUGAUAA